CUCCCCGCUGCUCUGCUGAGUCCGGCCAGGCACGCCGCGCGCGCAGCUCCGAGGGCCAGCGCCUCCACCCGCUCCGCAGCCGGCACCAUGCGCGAGAUCGUGCACAUCCAGGCGGGCCAGUGCGGCAACCAGAUCGGCGCCAAGUUCUGGGAGGUCAUCAGCGAUGAGCAUGGAAUUGACCCCACCGGCAGUUACCAUGGAGACAGUGACUUGCAACUGGAGCGGAUCAACGUGUACUACAAUGAAGCCGCUGGUAACAAAUAUGUACCUCGAGCCAUCCUGGUGGACCUGGAGCCAGGCACCAUGGACUCGGUCAGGUCCGGACCAUUCGGCCAGAUCUUCAGGCCAGACAACUUUGUGUUCGGCCAGAGUGGUGCAGGAAACAACUGGGCAAAGGGCCACUACACGGAGGGCGCUGAACUGGUAGACUCGGUCCUGGAUGUGGUGAGGAAGGAGUCAGAGAGCUGUGACUGUCUCCAGGGCUUCCAGCUGACCCACUCUCUGGGGGGCGGCACGGGGUCCGGGAUGGGCACCCUGCUCAUCAGCAAGAUCCGUGAGGAGUACCCCGACCGCAUCAUGAACACCUUCAGCGUCAUGCCCUCGCCCAAGGUGUCGGACACGGUGGUGGAGCCCUACAACGCCACCCUCUCUGUCCACCAGCUGGUGGAGAACACGGACGAGACCUACUCCAUCGACAACGAGGCCCUGUACGACAUCUGCUUCCGUACCCUGAAGCUGACCACGCCCACCUACGGGGACCUCAACCACCUGGUGUCGGCCACCAUGAGCGGGGUCACCACGUGCCUGCGCUUCCCGGGCCAGCUGAACGCCGACCUGCGCAAGCUGGCCGUGAACAUGGUGCCCUUCCCCCGCCUGCACUUCUUCAUGCCCGGCUUCGCGCCCCUCACCAGCCGCGGCAGCCAGCAGUACCGCGCGCUCACGGUGCCCGAGCUCACGCAGCAGAUGUUCGACUCCAAGAACAUGAUGGCCGCCUGCGACCCGCGCCACGGCCGCUACCUGACGGUGGCCGCCAUCUUCCGAGGCCGUAUGUCCAUGAAGGAGGUGGACGAGCAGAUGCUCAACGUGCAGAACAAGAACAGCAGCUACUUCGUGGAGUGGAUCCCCAACAACGUGAAGACGGCCGUGUGCGACAUCCCGCCGCGCGGCCUCAAGAUGUCGGCCACCUUCAUCGGCAACAGCACGGCCAUCCAGGAGCUGUUCAAGCGCAUCUCGGAGCAGUUCACCGCCAUGUUCCGGCGCAAGGCCUUCCUGCACUGGUACACGGGCGAGGGCAUGGACGAGAUGGAGUUCACCGAGGCCGAGAGCAACAUGAACGACCUGGUGUCCGAGUACCAGCAGUACCAGGACGCCACGGCCGACGAGCAGGGGGAGUUCGAGGAGGAGGAGGGUGAAGACGAGGCUUGAGCUCCUGGCCCAUAAGUCGUGUGCACUUAGUGACCUUCUGUUGUCCCCAGCAUGGUCUUUCUAUGUGUAUACUAUGGUGCUCAGUUUUGCCUCCGUCAGAAAUACACACUGUUGAUGUAAUAAUGUGGAACUCACUUCUGAAUUACAGUAUUGUCUGUUAAUAUAUCUACACUAAUAAAAAAGCAUGUGUA